AUGGGGUUGAGAAAAUUUUCCUUUCUUGCAUUUGUAUGGUUUGCCCUUCUUGUUGGUUCCAAUGCUGAAGAACAAUAUUCGAAGCAAGAGAGGCGGCCUAUUAAGACCUUUAAGACAAUCUAUGGAGAGACCAUCGAUUGUAUCGACAUGUAUAAACAACCAGCAUUCGACCACCCUUUACUGAAAGAUCAUAAGCUUCAGUAUGCUUAUUUGGAGCUGAACAGCCUGGGUAUUCCUUUUGGCGGAGCAAGAGCAUUCAUUAAUCAUUACAUUCCAAAGUGUGAAGAUCAACAAUCAAGUGGAGCUCAGAUUUGGAUCGCCGAGAAAUAUAAGUUCACAAACAUACAAGUUGGAUGGAGGGAUGAGGAUCUGUCGGGAUGCUAUAAUUUGGAGUGUCCAGGCUUUGUGCAAGUCGAUAAGUCCAUUGCUCUCGGACAAGUUCUCCCAUAUCCUUCUGUUAUUGGUGGGGCACAAUUUGAGAUCCGUUUCUUUGUUCAACAGGAUAACAACACAAAGGAUUGGUGGUUGCUAAACGAGAAGAACGGCGUGGACGCUAAAAUAGGCUAUUGGCCGGCCAAGUUAUUACCUGCUUUUGCGGGCGGCGCCGGAAUACAGUGGUUCGGCGGAGUAACGUCCGUGGAGAGCGGCAGGCUCUUCCCGCCGAUGGGAAGCGGACAGUUUCCGUCCCAGUCGUACUCUCGUGCGUGCUACGUGAGACAAAUUCAGUACUUUGAUCAGAGUUCGCAAACUUGGAAAGCGCCCGAGCUUACUACACCGCAAAACAUAGUCGUGACUUCGAAUGCUUGCUAUGGCGCCACCGUCGACAACAGCUUCAAAGACUAUGGCUUCAACGUGUUGUUCGGGGGACCCGGUGGAGAUCGUUGUGUUUAA